UAUUCACCUUACAUCUUUGUUGCUUGCAUAUUUUUGGUUUUUGAUAUAUUUUAUCAACAAACUGAUUUCCCCCUCUAGUAAACAGCAUCCAGCAGGAGCGCUACUAAUCCUUUUACCUCACAGCGUCCCUGUGAUCCAGGCAAGCCAACAGCUCAUAAGAUCUCGCGGGAUUGCACAUUAACUUCUUAUAGAUACCAUGACAUCUCGCGAUAUGUCAGUGGCGUUACCCCAUUUUCCAGCUGUCCCUCAGUCGGUCGGGAUUUCGGAACCACAGGAGAAUCACCGGAAAGGGUUUUGGUGAUAAAACGGCUCACUUUAGGAGAAUAUACCACAUUAUAUGGCCACAUAAACACACAGCGAGCUACUUUAUUCAGUAUUUCACCAUGGAGGCUGAACUAUGAGGUGUUGUGUAGCUGCAGACGACUGAGUGAACCAUGGCACAGUUCCCCACCACAUUUACAGGUCCAGAUGUGUUUCUGAUCUCGGUGGAUGAGAGAGCCAAACAUGAUCAGCAGUUUCACAGCCUCUCUCCGACUGCUGGGGGUUACAUCACAGGUGACCAGGCCAGGAACUUCUUCCUUCAAUCAGGACUGCCCCCUCCUAUCCUGGCCCAAAUCUGGGCUCUGGCUGACAUGAACAGUGAUGGCCGUAUGGAUAUCCACGAGUUCUCUAUUGCCAUGAAACUCAUCAAACUGAAACUCCAGGGUCACCCUCUGCCACCUUCACUUCCUCCUAGUAUGAAACAACCUCCACUGCCUUUACCCCCACAGACCGGCUUUGGCAUGCCCCCCAUGGCUCCCCUCCCGACUCCCAUCCCAGCUCCCCUGCCAGGCGUGCCCCCGCUCCCCCUGCCCCCUCUCCCCGUCGGGGUGUCUCCCCCUCUGGUCUCGUCUGCCCCGCCUCCCCUCCCCCAGCCCAUCGCCAACGGAGCUCCCCCCACAGGCAUGAUGCAGCCCAUCUCAGGCUUCUCCCACCCAGCUCCAUCUGUCAACAAGUCUUCGUCGUUUAAUCGACCAAGUGCGAAGUUGCAGAAAGUGUCGUCCUUCGAUGCUGCUAGUAGUCAGCCCCCCUCUGAUUGGGCCGUUCCUCAGUCCUCAAGGCUGAAGUACAGACAGCUUUUUAACUCUCAUGACAAGAUGAUGAGUGGACACCUCACAGGUCCCCAGGCUCGCACAAUCCUGAUGCAGUCUAGUCUUCCUCAAGGCCAGCUGGCCACAAUAUGGAGUCUAUCAGAUAUCGACCAGGAUGGGAAGCUAACAGCUGAGGAGUUUAUCUUGGCCAUGCACCUCAUAGAUAUGGCAAUGUCAGGGUUACCGCUACCCCCUGUGUUACCACCAGAUUACCUCCCACCCACAUUCAGGCGUGUGCGGAGCGACAGUGUUCAGUCAGACCAGAAGAGCGUCCAGGAGGAAAUGGAGGAGGAGACUGAAAGCAGCCAAGAAAAGAAGCUACCAGUGACAUUCGAGGAUAAGAAGAGGGAGAACUUUGAGCGAGGAAACUUGGAGUUGGAGAAGAGACGUCAGGCUCUGCAGGAGCAGCAGAGGAAAGAACAGGAGAGACUGGCUGCACUGGAGAGAGAGGAACAGGAGAGAAAGGAGCGGGAACGUCUGGAGCAGGAGAGGAGACGACAACAGGAAUUAGAAAAACAGCUGGAGAAACAGAGAGAGCUGGAGAGGCUGAGAGAAGAAGAGCGACGCAAAGAGAUAGAGAGAAGAGAGGCUGCUAAGCGUGAGUUAGAGCGCCAGCGUCAGCUGGAGUGGGAGCGUCAACGUCGACAGGAGCUUCUAACUCAAAGAAACCGAGAGCAGGAGAGUAUAGUCCUGCUCAAAGCCAGGAAGAAGACCCUGGAGUUUGAACUGGAGGCCCUGAACGAUAAGAAGACCCAGCUGGAGGGCAAACUGAAGGAUGUUCGGUUUCGUCUGUCAGCUCAGCGGAAAGAGGUGGAGCAGACGAAUCAGACCAGGGAAACGCGCAUCGCUGAAAUCACCCUGCUGCAACAGCAGCUGCAGGACUCUCAGCAGUGGCUCGGGAGGCUAAUUCCUGAUAAACAGAGUCUCAACGACCAGUUGAAACAGGUUCAACAGAACAGCCUGCACCGUGACAGUCUGUCGUCCCUGCAGAAGGCUGUGGAGCAGAAGGAGACCAGCAGACAGCAGCUCAGAGAGCAGCUGGAUGCUGUGGAGAGGGAGACGAGGGCCAAACUGCUGGAAAUAGAUGCGUUCAACACCCAGCUAAAGGAGUUGCGGGAGAUCCACAGCCGGCAGCAGAGACAGAAACAGAAGGACAUGGAGGCAGACACACACACACUGACACACACACACUCUCACAUACACACCCCGAGUGAGAGAAAGUCUGCCGAGCUGCAGGAGAGCAGGUUGUCAUCAGAAGAGAGUGUGGCCUGGAGGGACGAAGCAGUAAGCUCUGCCCCUAAAGCUCCUAGCCCGGUCUCAGUGUCGGCGCCUGAUGCCUGGCUAAACAGAGUGACUCAGGAAGAGGAGGAGAGGAAGAAGAGAGGGAUGGAGGAAGAAGAAGAGGGCCGGAAGCGAGCAGGAUCAGUAGAAGAGAAGGAGGAUGAGGGAAGAGGCAAGAAGGACAUGCAAGAUAAAUUAAACAAGCUGUUCAGCCAGCAGGCAGAUCCCUGGGCUUCAUCAGUGGAAAAGGCUCCAGUACCCAGUCUGUUCGACCAGAAGGCAGCAGCCAGCAGCUUCGACCAGCAGCAGCAGCCGGUGAAGGUGGUCUACUACAGGGCUCUCUAUCCGUUUGAUGCUCGCAGCCAUGAUGAGAUCAGUAUCGCUCCCGGAGAUGUAAUCAUGGUGAAGGGGGAAUGGGUGGACGAGUCACAAACAGGUGAACCCGGCUGGCUGGGAGGAGAGCUCAGGGGGAGGACCGGUUGGUUUCCAGCCAAUUACGCAGAACGGAUACCUGACAACGAAGCACCAAUCAGCUUGCGCGCCACAGCCUCAGCGACUCCCACCUCCGCCCAGCAGCCGAUAAGCACGCCUCCUCCAGCACCCGGACACACCUCCUCCUCCGCAUCCUCCGCCAACAGUAACUGGGCCGACUUCAGCACCACUUGGCCCUCAAAUACAGCUAGCCAAUCAGACAGCGAGGGGUGGGACGCAUGGCCGACCUCUUCGACCAGUCAGAAUCCAUCGCUCAGUGUUCCAUCGGCGCAGCUUCGGCAACGCUCCGCCUUCACACCUGCUACCAUGACAACAGGCUCCUCUCCGUCACCCGUGCUGGGGCAGGGGGAGAAGGUCGAAGGUCUUCAGGCUCAGGCUUUGUAUCCCUGGAGAGCGAAGAAGGACAACCACCUCAACUUCAAUAAAAAUGAGAUAAUCACAGUGUUGGAGCAGCAGGACAUGUGGUGGUUAGGUGAACUGCAGACUGGGCAGAGAGGCUGGUUCCCCAAAAGUUACGUCAAGCUCAUCUCCGCCACCAUGACGGCCCCUGCCGCUGGUGCCGUCGCAGCACGCAGCAAAAACACUAGUGGGAGUGUAGCUACAUAUCCACCGACUGAGUUUGGACUGAGCCGAAACCAACUGACAGAGCUGUGUGAAGAGAAGCAACUUGAAGAAUUAAAAUCUUGUGAGUCUGGAGUCUCAGAAAGCCCCCCCAAUGGAAAACGACCCUCCCCUUCCCCGACAAAACCCUCUGACUCUGGAGAAGAGUACGUGGCCAUGUACACAUAUGAGAGCAGUGAACAAGGGGACCUGAGUUUUCAGCAAGGUGAUAUCGUCAUGGUUACCAGGAAAGAAGGGGAUUGGUGGACGGGCAUGGUCGCGGGCAAGACCGGAGUCUUCCCGUCCAAUUAUGUCAAACCUCGAGACUCGUCUUCAGACUCACUGGGAUCAGCAGGGAAGACAGGCAGCCUGGGAAAGAAACCAGAGAUUGCUCAGGUGAUCGCCCCCUACAGUGCAACAGGAGCAGAGCAGCUGACGUUAGCUCCCGGACAGCUCAUCCUCAUCAGGAAAAAGAACCCAGGCGGCUGGUGGGAGGGGGAGCUCCAGGCUCGGGGCAAAAAACGCCAGAUAGGUUGGUUUCCAGCAAACUACGUGAAGCUGCUCAGUCCCAGCACCAGCAAGACGACGCCCACCGAGCCCACGCCUCCUAAACUGGCCCCUGCGAGCACAGCUCUGUGUCAGGUGAUCGGCAUGUACGACUACGUGGCCCAGAACGAUGACGAGUUGGCCUUCCAGAAGGGUCAGGUGAUCACAGUGCUCAACAAGGACGACUGUGAUUGGUGGAAAGGCGAGCUCAACGGGAGGGAGGGUCUGUUUCCCAGCAACUACGUCAAACUCACCACGGACACUGACCCGAGCACGCAGUGGUGUGCUGACCUCCAUCUGCUGGACAUGCUGAGUCCCAUGGAGAGGAAGAGGCAGGGAUACAUCCACGAGCUGAUCGUCACCGAGGAGAACUACGUCAACGACCUGCAGCUCGUCACAGAGAUUUUCCACAAACCUCUGCUGGAGUGCGAGCUGCUGACGGAGAAGGAGGUGGCCAUGAUCUUCGUCAACUGGAAGGAGCUCAUCAUGUGCAACAUCAAACUGCUCAAGGCUCUGCGCGUGAGGAAGAAGAUGUCAGGAGAUCGGAUGCCGGUGAAGAUGAUUGGUGACAUCCUGACCAACCAGCUGCCUCACAUGCAGCCCUACAUCAGGUUCUGUUCGUGUCAGCUCAACGGAGCCACGCUGAUUCAGCAGAAAACCGACGACAAUCCUGAGAUCAAAGAUUUCCUCAAGAGGUUGGCCAUGGACCCCAGGUGUAAGGGAAUGCCUCUGUCCAGUUUCCUGCUCAAACCCAUGCAGAGAGUCACACGCUACCCGCUCAUCAUCAAGAAUACCUUAGAAAAUACUCCAGAGUCACAUCCAGACCACAGCCACCUGAAAGCUGCUCUGGAGAAAGCAGAGGAGCUGUGUUCACAGGUGAACGAGGGCGUGAGGGAGAAGGAAAACUCGGAUCGUCUGGAGUGGAUUCAGGCUCAUGUUCAGUGUGAAGGCCUGUCUGAGCAACUGGUGUUUAACUCUGUCACCAACUGUCUGGGUCCCAGGAAGUUCCUCCACAGCGGGAAACUAUUUAAAGCCAAGAGCAGCAAAGAGCUCUACGGCUUCCUGUUCAAUGACUUCCUGCUGCUGACGCAGGUGACCAAACCUCUGGGCUCGUCCGGCUCGGACAAAGUCUUCUCCUCGAAAACACACCUGCAGUACCGCAUGUACAAGACGCCAAUCUUCCUAAAUGAAGUGUUAGUGAAGCUGCCAACGGACCCGUCAGGAGAUGAGCCUCUCUUCCACAUCUCUCACAUAGACAGAGUUUACACACUCAGAGCCGAGAGCAUCAACGAAAGGACGGCGUGGGUUCAGAAAAUUAAGGCGGCUUCAGAACUCUUCAUUGAGACAGAGAAGAAGAAGAGAGAGAAGGCGUAUCUAGUUCGCUCUCAGAGGGCCACAGGUAUCGGUCGACUGAUGGUCAACAUCGUGGAGGGAAUCGAGCUGAAACCCUGUCGCUCUCAUGGAAAAAGUAACCCAUACUGUGAGGUGACCAUGGGUUCCCAGUGCCAUAUCACAAAAACAUUACAGGACACGUUGAAUCCUAAGUGGAACUCCAACUGUCAGUUUUUUAUAAAGGACCUGGAACAGGACGUCCUCUGUGUCACUGUGUUCGAACGAGACCAGUUCUCACCUGACGAUUUCCUGGGCAGGACAGAGAUCCGGUUGGCUGAAAUAAAGAAGGACCAGGGCUCCAAAGGACCAAUCACGAAGCGGUUGCUGCUCCAUGAGGUUCCCACAGGAGAGAUUGUUGUCAGGCUGGACCUCCAGCUGUUUGAAGAACCAUAAAAACCAGAACAGGACCGAACUGGACCGGACUGAAAACUAGGAGAACCUGACAGCUGCGCUGCAUCAGACUGGACUGGUCUGGAUUCUCGUAGUUUGGUCUGUUUCAGUUUCUUAGUGCUUAGACGCUGUUGGGAGGGCGAGAGAGAAAGUAUCAGUCAUUGUCAUUUGCCUGUUAAAUUACAGUUCAUCAAAUUAACACCAAUUAACUGACACACAGAUAAUUUGAGCUUCUUGGUUUCUGAGAUCAAACAGUAAACAGGUGAAUCCAGCAUCGACAAGGAGCAACAAUUAUAAUUAUAGACAGUUAUAAUAAUUAGACAACAGUUUAAAUCCUUCCAAAUACGGCACAAAGUAAAAAGUUUGGAUUAUUAUUUCAGUGUCUCAGGAUUUAAGAUUUUAAUAUUGAACCUAAAGCAACGUGUCUGCAGGUUCUGAAUCUCUUAAAUUAGAAUUAAAUUAAAUUCCAGUCUUAAAUGUUGUUAUACUGGUCUUAAAUUGUCCCAGUUGAACAGAUCCAAAGUGUGAUGGUAGAUUUUUAAAGAUGAAGACGUCUUUUGUUCUAACAGCUUAACGAUCCCCAGCGUGAAUAAAAAAUCCACGGCAUGUUUCUAUUCCAGUCCACUCCAGUCCAGUCCAGUCCAGUCCAGUCCAGUCCACGUCACUUCUCGCCUCCUUCAGUCCGGUCCAGUGCAGUAUUUAGUCCAGUCCUGUUGGAGAUCAGCUGGGUCUUUACUGUUUUCUCUCCCUUUGCUUCAUCAGACAGUCUCACAGACACUCCAGUGACAAUCCCAGCCCUCCUUCUUUGUCCCAACACCCCCAAACCCUCUGUGUGUGUGUGUGUGUGUCUGUGUGUGUGUGUGUGUGUGUGUCUGUGUGUGUGUGUGUGUGAGACGGUCUGCUGGUUUGAAUGAAUGGUACGAGUAUCAAGGUGUACAGGCUAAUUAAUGGUACGGUUCAGUGUACAUUUUCUUUAAUUUUUUUUACGUCGAGUCUUACAACUCUCUCACAGUCUUAAGAUCAACUCUUCAGGCUUUCAGCUUUGAGGCACUGCGUGUAAAGGGACCUUGACGUUUUGAAUUUUGGUCUGUUUUGACCUUCACUGAACACUUGCCACAUUGUCGUAGGAAGUGCUAAAUAUGUACAGGUUAAAUGAGAAAUGCUAACGAUGCUAAUAAGCUGAAACUAUAGAAAGACUUUACUUCCCAAUAUAUGACAAGUGUCCGGUGUACAUAAAUCAGAGACAUGCUAAAAUGUCCUUUUUACAUGUGUCAGUUAUAAUAAUGCUGAUGAUAACAUGGCUGAAACAGGGAACAGGUGUGACAGCUAUUUUAAAUUGAGGUACUGUAAGGAAGAAUGUCUUAAUUUUUUCUUAUUUCCUGAUGUUGAAUGCACAUGGGGGUUUCUACUUUUAGGUGAUGUUUGUCACACAUCCAACCUCUGUUGUUAUGUUGCUGCUGUGUGUGGAGCUGUCACGGUGGCCGUCACUAUGCAGGGAGGGAAAAAACAGGAAAGAAUCAGGGAGGGUGGGGGGCCCAGAGCUGGAUUGAUUGGGGGCCCCCUUGAAAAUGCUAGGUACUACAGACACAUAUUUUAUAGGAAGAGCAUUUUAGACAAUUCCCACACUCUAACCAUGAGAAAAACUCAGCGUAGAAAUAAUUUUACUGUGUGUCGGCACUCCCAGCACUUUUAAAACAGACACUGUCGCUGAUAUCGGAGCAGAGCAGGAUACGACUCGACUGACAUAUGACACACAGCUGCCAUUUUGAACAGUCAAAGUAGGAAAUGUAACAUAGAAGACUAAUAAUAAUGAGUGUUGUUCUUUUUGUCAGCAAAUCCCAUGACAGACCAAAACCAUCAGUGUAUUAGCCCUGCCUGUUAGCUGUCAACCUGAAGCCCGUUGGUUCCUACUAAAGACAUAAAUAUAAAAAAAUGUCUCACAAAUAUAUAGUUUUAUUUUUUUAAAAGGCUCAGUUAUUUCCUAAAACAUCUGAGCACUGUAAUUUUGAACAAACGUAACUCAUAUAGGAGGAAACUGCAUUUGUCAGGGACUAUUUUCAGCAGCGGAUUAAUCCACAUUUGGUGCUCUAGUGAGUAUUUGGAGCAGCAGGACACUGUAUGUGUGACUGAUACAAAAUAAACUUCAAUGUGUGUGUGUUUGUGGUGAUGAAGGAACAUGUCACCCAGCACAACACUGAGGCUCACUGAUGUGUUUUUAACAGUUUUAUGGGAAACGAUGGAGCUCUGUGGCUCAGAGGAAUGAGAUAUAUCAGGUUGCGGAUACACAGACAAUACUUGUUGGUUUUGGUCGUUUAAUGAGAGCCGCUGAGAAAAAGAAAAAAAUAUAAAAUAUCACGAGAAUACGCAAUAUCACGUGUUCUGGAAAACCUGCAUAACCUGAAAACUUUCCAUGAUGGAGAAAAAACAAGCAAAAUCUCCCAUUUUUUCUGUCAUAAAUAGAAUAAAAGUUUCACAAAUCUAAGGCUUUAGCUUGUCUAACACCUUUCUCAACAAUCAGUUGAAUGAUAAAAAAAACAAAAACAUAAUCAGUCGUUCAUUAUUGUCAUUUAGUUUCCCUUGACUGCAGAAUCAAAAGCUUCGAACUGGAAGCUACCUUCAGCUUUGUGGUUGUCUGCAGUAUUUGCAGUUUUAGAUCAGGCUUCAGUAGUUAUUGUAGUAAUAGUCAUAAGUAGUUGUUGUUGUCUUCUAAUUACAGAGCCAUAGAUUAACACGUUUUAAAUAAGACUUGGAAAAUUAUGUUUUGGAAACAGUAGGAAGGACCUCAGCAGUCGUAGCUAGCAUGGAAAUUCGCUAGCUAGUUAGCAAUAGCCUGCAAUAAUCUGGCACCUGUCAAUACCUCCAUAUUUACGUUAUCAAAAUGUUAAGUAAUUCCUCAAGUUUUUGAGAUUAGAUCGUUUCUUAUUUGUUUAGAAAGAGGAAUAUUCAAUUCUUUAAAUAAUAAAAUGUUUGUACAGCUGCGUACUUCCGGUGCCUUCACAUGGGGGUUGUGUUAGCUUGUUCGCAAUGGUGCCAAAAAACAGCCUUUUCGCUCUUUUCUAAAUGGACAGCAGAGAUAAGGCAUCGCUUUCUGUUUUUCAGUUUUUGUCACAAAUUUUAACAGUUUGAUUUUAUAUGCAUAUCGUUAACUCGAUUUCUUUCGUCGAAAAAACACAAACUCAGGAGUUACUUUGAAGGCAGCAUUAAUUUUCCGCGCAGAUUUUCCCAACCUGAGUGUUCAAAAUGGCCGCUGCGUUUGCCAGUUGUACAGAUAAAAUUCCAGUGUGUUUGCUCAGCGGAGUUGUAUAUAUGUUAGUUAGCUUGGCCAGUUAGUAAAUUUAGUCAGUCGUUUUUCAUUUAUUGCCACGGUUACAGUGAUCUACAGAAUUGCCACCGAGACAACCAAUAGUUACCUUAGUGACCAGCCACUGUCCAAUCAGGAGUCAGCGAGGCUCAGCCAGUUGCAGCAUCUUGACUGUGGAGGAAGGUGUGUAUGAAUGUGUGUUUCCCCAGACUGAAGCCGAUGAUGAUGAUGAUGAUGACUAUGAUGAUGAUGAUGAAUGAUGAUGAAUUUGUCUUACAUCCCCCUCUGUACUGUUCUCCAGUACCCCCCCCCCCCCCCCCCCCCCACUGUACUGAAACUAAUCCAGUUUGAACCCGUUCUUACUGUCAAUCUUCCAGGUUGUGUAUAAUACUACUGCUAUCUGAGAGUUAAUAUAUGAGCGCUAUGGGGGCGAUAGAGACAGCCUGCUGUUAAUUAUCACUGUAGAAGAUGAUGUACGUUGUUGUCUUUCAAUGUUCAGAAUAAACUCCAGUUGGACCAAGA